AAACAGACAAAAAAAUCUGAGCCUAUAUAAGAAAACAAGAAGUACUGUCAGAAAGGAGUUUGGAGUUGUCUGUGAAGAUGAAGACAAAAAAUGAUGGCGUGUGUCCGAUUUGUGACAAAGUAUUGAAGGGUGUGGCCAAGCACCUCAAAACGUGGCACAAAGUUGAGAAUGUGGCAGAGAGGGCCAUCCUCAACCAGAUUGCCACAGGCAGGGUAAACCUGGGCUCAGGACCCUGCCCUGUGCCAGGCUGCCAGAGCAAGUUUUGUCCCCGGCUGGAGAGGCAUAUUAGGAGCCACCGUCACGAGAUGACAGCUGCAGGCCUCCAGAGGAUUCUGGAGGCUGCGAAGAGAACUGCAGCUCUCCAGCGUUUGAGGGACCUCAGGGCCACCAAGCCGAACCCGCCCCUGAAGUCCAUCCUGGACUUGGAGGAGGAGGAGAGUGAGGAGGAGGAGAGGGAGCAGGAGGAGAGGGAGAAGCAGGUCAAAGGAGGUGCAGGGCAAACUCCUCUCUGCCAGCUGCCUGCCUGCCAGAGCCUCAGGAGGAGAGUGCAGGAGCUGGAGAAGGAGGUAGAGGAGCUCCGGGCCUCCAAUGCAGCCCUCCGUGCGGCAGCAGCAGGUGAGGGCCCCAGCGGCCUCCAGAGACCAGUGGCCCCUCCAACAAGGCUGCAGGAGGACGAAGAGGCAACGAAGAGGGGCCUGGCUGAGAUUGUCUCCAAUCUCAGUGACGGCGACACCUCCGAGGACGAGGAGGACAGCAGCAAGGAAGUGAGUUAG